CCAUGCUGGCCACUCAGUGGCUAGUUGGUCUUUCUCUUCCCAUGCUGUGGGCCCAGAAAUUAAUCAGAUGUCCCUACAAGAAUGUGUGUCAGUAUGCCCUGCUCUCGGGCAAUGACGUGAUCCUGCAGUGUAACUACCCCAAAGCACUUUGGUAUUUUUCUUCAUCUUUAGAGGACAAACUGUCCCUGAUCAACUCCAGGGCUGAUGUGAAGGUACUGCCUGGGAGCGACCUGCAGUUGUCCAACCCUAAGCCUUCCCAGACAGGGCUCUACCGCUGCCUGGACGAUCACAAGGCCCGUGUAGUAGAAUAUGAGAUUGACUUCCAGGACAUAGCUCUGUUGCACAUCACACACAAAGACCUGGACCAGAAGCCCAUGGGAAAUGAGAGCAUGAACCUAGGAGGCAAGGUACUUGUUUUUACCCGCUGGGAUCCUUGGCAAGAUUGUAACCGUUGCCAAAAGCCUGGUGAGCGCAAACGUCUAGGCUACUGCUAUGUGGAGGAGCCCCUAGAAAAGCCCAUGCCUUGUUGGCUCUACCUGAGAGAGGAAAAGGUGAGCAAUGACCGCCUGCGACCUGAACUCCAGGUACAAGCCUGCCAGGUGCCCUGUGAUACCGCUACGGAAACCAACCAGCCGUAUUUCGUCUUUGACACAUAUCAGCUGGACAAACCCAACAACCUUGCUCCACUCAAGUGUCCCUUGGCUUCCAUCUACAGGCCAGUCCACUGGGAAGCCAAUGACAGCUCUCUGACAUGGCAGAACCAGCUCUCUGGCCAGGAGAUCAGCACCAUCAUGGACCUGCACAGCGGUGGCCAGCAUCUGAAGAUCUUCCAGCCAGCCACUUAUAGAUGUUUUGUGGAGCAGGAACUCAUAGCCCAGUUCAACCCCACACCCGCUGUGUAUCUGCUGGAGGCUGAGAGACAAUCCAAAGCCCAGGAGCCUUGGCAGUCCAGGAUCCAGCCAGGCAAGGCAGACUCCGUUCUCAGGGGGCUGAAGUUGAUGCUGCUUAUUGUCUCUGUACUGGCCAUUGGAGGGCUUCUCUGUAAAGUGGUCUUCCGUCCUAUCUGUGGCAAGAAGAGGAAUCAGGUCCUCCUGGUGAAAUAAACUGAGCCUUCUGUAGCCAAGAGGACCUGGUAUCUCUCCACUGUCCCAUCCUCAGCUCUAGUCAUCCAUAGGCAGCAUCACAUGAGGUCCUGGAGGUGUGUGAGCUAACACAGACCUGGAUCGAAAUCCAGUGGCCACUUCACUCCUUGUUCUGUGUCCUACUCGGCUAAUCUAUUGAUUACCCCCACUGUACAGAUAGGAAAACUGAGGCAAGUCUGUCUAGUCAUUGGAGAUUUGGAAUUCUUGGGUCCUUCAGAAAGAGAAAGGGGAAGGACAGAACCUUCUCAGGGUAUGUGGUGUGACUUUCUCUGGGGAGGUGUAAACAACCAUCUAUAUUUAUCCCAGAUCAGAUACUAAUGGCAGACUAAAGAAAUGACUACAUAAAA